AUGGCCGCUCCAUUCCCAUCUCCAACAUCGACAUGGCACUCGAAUACCUACCCAUCCUUAUUACCAACCCGUCCCGAGCUCUCUGCUAAGGGCAAGACUGUUCUGAUCACUGGAGGAGGUACCGGAAUCGGUGCUGAAACCGCUGUCUACUUUGCAGAGGCCGGCGCGUCUCGAAUCGCUCUCCUUGGCCGUCGAGAACAACCUCUGGUGGACACAAAGGCUUCUCUCAAACAAAAGUUCCCUGGCCUCGAAGUCUUCAUUGCUCCCACGGACGUCACAAACAAGAAACAAGUGGACGCAGCCUUCGAUACUUUUCUCGGAAAUGACAAGCUUAAUGUCCUGGUCAGUAACGCAGCAACCAUCGGGCCCCAGGACGGUGUGGAGGAUGUCGAGAGCGAAGCCUUUAUGGAAAGCAUUCACCAAAAUGUGAAAGGAUCGCUUCUUGUCGCUCAGGCUUUCCUGCGAUAUGCAUCAUCCGAUGCAGUCGUUAUCGAGACCAAUUCGUCGGCGGCACAUGUGAAUUUCGGCUCUAAAUUUGCUGCUUAUACCAUCGCUAAGUUUGCAGUAUAUCGACUGUGGGAUUCGCUGGCUUCUGCGAACCCAAAUUUCAGCAUUUUCCAUGUCCAACCUGGUGUAGUGGAUACUGCUAUGAACAAAGAGGCAGGAGGAGUUGCUGCUCUCGGUAUAGAGGAUCAUGUUUCCCUUCCCGCCAGCUUCUAUGUCUGGCUGGCAAGUCCCGAGGCGCGUUUCCUGAAAGGAAAAUUCCUGUGGGCUAACUGGGAUGUUGACGAGCUUAAAGCCAAAGCUAAGGAGAUUGAGGCGGGUUCUCAACUUGCUAUUGGACUCGUUGGAUGGCCGUUUCAACAAGGAGACUGGGAACUCCAGGCAACUUUCUAA